GUUAUCUGUCAACAAAAAUAUAUAUCUCCUCAAAAGAUGAAAUAUAGAUCCUUUUUUUUAAAUGUGGUUCUAAUUCUACAAAUUGUGUGUGUAGAUCACAACGGCUGGUUUUAUUUUGACAAUAGAGCGUAGCCUACAGUGUUAUUGCCACAGAGUCAUAUUGACUGACGAGCUCAAACACUAAAACUAACCUCUGGCUGGACCCCAAUUUAUCCUGGGGCGCAAGACUGAAUAUGGUAAAUUCCUGUGUCGUCGGACAAUUUAUGCACACCGGGAGUUGGCCGUGUCGAUGUUGAAAUAUGUGCCAUAAUUGCCUUACUGUGAGGUAUAGAGGAAACAUGCUUAGCCAUCAACAUAGGGAUCGCUUAACCAAAGAGGAAGUAAGAGGCAGCCUACAAGAGCACAAGUACAGAAAGAGUUCCUCUUUUUUUUUUUUUGCAAUAGGCCGACAUUCAUUUAUCUCACAGGAAACGUUGCCUGGGCUUAUGAUUUUGUCACAUUUACGGACAGGAGAGCGGGUUAGAUCGGCAGUUUUUGCUGAGAAACGUCUGGGUUUUGCCGCAGGAUUAGGCCUACUUAUGAGUUAUUGCACUCUUCUCGUCUCAGUCACAGUAGUGACUUUGUGUCUGAGCAUCGUCCUCAUCCAGGAGGUCAGGGUUUUAAAAACAGAUCUCAACGGAAUUAAAAGAGACCUUCACUCCCCCUUGGCUCAUCGGUCAGUGAAAGAGUUCAGCUAUGGACUGUUUAUGUCUAGCAUGUGGGAGGUAUGUCAGUUGAUUAUUCCGUUUAAGUGUUGAUGGCAGAAUUCAGAAUUUAUGGACUUGCUGUUUCUUUUAAUGCUAUGACAUGAUUGGUGGGGGGUAAAACUAAAGGUCAUUCUGUGUCGUUCCACCAACACCCACAACCCUACCAACAACUGGCGGGUCAUCGGCAGCAUUCGUUUAAAAGGCCUCGGAACAAACGAGAGCAAGACGUCUGGACCACUCAGGCAUCAUUCUUGCAGAUGACAGCCAUGGCAAACGAAAAGCCCAUACAGAGAGGUAAUGUGACGGUAAUUCCAUGGACGGUUGCCAUCCACCAAGGUUCAGCUGUCACUGCAUCAGACAACAAAAUCAUCGUCCAACAAGACAGUUACUUCAUGGUGUUUGGCCAGGUUCUGUAUCACAACCAAGGAACCAUUAUGGGCCACCUGAUCCGCCAGCACCCAGCCAACGCGUCUGGAACCGAGACAGGGUACCGAGACCUGUUCCGCUGCCUCCAGGAGAUGCCUACGGAAAACAGCGCAAACACAUGUUACACCGCAGGGAUCGUGAAGCUUGAUCGCAACGACCAGCUGGAGUUGGUCAUUCCCGAUCGGCCUCACACACAAGUAGCCAUGGAUACGGAAUCAACCUUCUUUGGAAUCAUUCAGCUGCAAUAAACAAAGGAACACCCCCCCUAACAUGUCUUGUCUGACAACCACAGAAUGGGCUGGAAUAUAUUCUGCAUACUUGAUUUUCAGUAUACAGUGCUCUUUUCAUCUGACCAAAAAAGGGGCCUGUGUUAUUGUACUCAGUUGACAAGACAAAAAUAGGUACACUGAAGGCUCUGCUCUCU